AUGUCUAAGGUUUCCUCAACAAGAGUGAAGGCGGUUGAUUCAAUUGAAAUGAAUAUGGGUCGACAAAGGUUUGUCAACAAUCAUGACUCAAAAUCAAUACCUUCAAGCUCAGACCCAGAAUGUGUUCCACCAUCCGGACAUGUCGAAGAAAUCGCCAAUACCUAUGAAAAAAAGUGUGAAGAAGAUGACGAUGAUAAACCUGCAGUUCAAACAUCAUUGCGAAAGGGUAACCAAUCAGCACAAGUCUCCCUGAGUGUCUUAUUGGACACUGAACUGUCGGGGAUCAAAGAAGCUGGCACUUGGAAAGCUGAGCGAAUCAUUACAUCAAAGCAAGCUGCAGAGAUUAACGUAUUGGGAUACGACUCUAAAAUAUUGAAUUUCUGUUCCAAUAACUACCUUGGUCUUUUAAAUCACCCUGAAGUGAUUGCUGCUGUCAAGGCUUCUCUAGACACACAUGGUGCAGGACUUAGUUCAACCAGGUACAUAAGUGGAACGCAAGAUAUUCAUAAGGAGCUAGAGAGGAAAGUGGCAAAGUUUCACGAUAGAGAAGAUGCAAUACUCUAUUCAAGCUGUUACGAUGCAAAUACAGGAUUCUUUGAGGUCUUGCUGAAUGAUCAAGAUGCUGUCAUCUCAGAUGCACUGAACCACGCCUCAAUUAUAGAUGGCAUUAGGUUAUGUAAGUCCAAGAAAUAUAGAUACGCACAUGGAAACAUGAUAGAGUUGGAGUCGCAGUUGAAAGAGAGCCAGGGUUGCAGAAUGAGGCUCAUUGUCACUGAAGGUGUUUUCGGUAUGGAUGGGACAGUGGCCAAAUUAAGAGAGAUCUGUGACCUGGCAGAAAAGUACAAUGCCUUGGUCUUUAUGGAUGAGUGUCAUGCUACUGGUUUCUUUGGACACACUGGCAGGGGCACAGAAGAACAUUGUGGUAUAAUGGGUCGUGUUCACUUCAUCAACUCCUCCCUGGGGAAAGCCCUGGGUGGGGCCUCAGGGGGUUAUACUACUGGUUCAAAGCAAAUUGUUGAUCUACUACGCCAGAGGUCUCGGCCAUAUCUAUUUUCUACCACUGUAGCGCCACCACUUGUUGCAAUUGCAAACAAGGUAUUCGAAAUCUUGUCAAAGAAUUCUGAUCUGCCUGAGAAAGUCAAAAGAAACACUCAUAGGUUUAGGGAAAGGAUGACAAAAGCUGGAUUUACCCUAAUAAACAUGUAG